UUGACAAUGCGAGGGAGGCGGUGGUGGAAAGAUGGUGCGGGGAAAAGUCCAGGUAUAGAGCGAGGAGGAGCGCACCAUCAUGACGACCGACGACCUGCGCUCGGUGGGAUGCAGAUAUGGCGCUUUCUUCCUUUCUCUCUCUCCCCUCUCCUUCCUGGAAGACGCUGUCGACUGAUUAGGCUCGUUCCUUCGAUGGCGGAUGAAUCUGGUCACCGACCAACAGAGAGAGGACUCUAAGUGUGAUGCCCCUGAGAUUUGAGAACAGGAGUAGAGCGAGAAAGGUCAGGGCAACUUGGAGUAGAUCACUAGCUUAGAGAGCUGGCAAAUCGGUGGUGGGCAGCGACCGAGGCGAUGGGAGGCGUCGACACCUCCUCUCCCUCAGCCACCUCCCUCCGUCUACCGAAUUCCCACCUCAGCCUGCACCGCCGUGACCAAGUUGACAACUCCAACAGCAGCGACAGCAACAACAACAACAACAACCAUUCCGACGACGACGCUAACGGCGAGAACUACUCCGCCGGCGCCGUCGACAUGGCAGAAGCCGGAUCCGCCGGCGGCUUCGGGAGGCGCCCACGCGGCCGGCCGCCCGGGUCAAAGAACAAGCCGAAGCCGCCCGUCAUCAUCACGCGCGAGAGCGCCGCCGCGCUGCGCUCCCACGUCUUCGAGGUAUCUAGCGGCGCCGACAUCAUGGACGCCGUCGCGGCCUUCGCCCGCCGGCGCCAGCUCGGGGUCGCCGUCCUCAGCGCCAGCGGCCUGGUCACUAAUGUGACGCUUCGGCAGCGGGGGCCUCAGCCGGGGGGCACCGUGGUGUCCAUCCCCGGCCGGUUCGAGAUCCUCUCCCUCUCGGGGGCUUUCCUCCCGACGCCGGCGCUUUCGGACGCCACCGGCCUGACGUUGUUCAUGGUCGGAAGGGAGGGCCAGGUGGUUGGCGGGAGCGUGGUGGGGGAGCUGGUGGCGUCCGGCCCGGUGAUGAUAAUAGCAGCCGCGUUCACCAACGCCACCUACGAGCGGCUGCCCCUUCCCGACGCCGAGCUGGAUGCAGCAGCGGCGCCGUCGACGGCGGAGCACGGCGCAAGAAGCAAUGGCGACGGUGGCGGCAGCUUGUCUGAGGCAGACCCAUCGUCCAUGUCGCUCUUCGGCCUUCCAGCCCAUCUUCUGCACGGUGGUCAGCACGAUGUGUUCGGCUCCUGGGCUUCGACGGGUCGUCGUCCUCCACCGUCCUAAUAGCCUUCUGCUUCAGAUGCUAAUUCCGCAGCUCAUUAGGAUCCUGAGGAUUAAACUGAAGCCUCAAAAUUACUAGUGUAUCCGUGUGUUUUCAUGAACUUUGAUCAUACAAUUAGCUGCAAAUUCAAAGUUUCAGUACAUUUUGAUUCA